AUGGCGGUCUCAAUAUUGCAGCGGAAGCGCGACUUUAUCUACCUCGUCUUCUUCCUCGUGCACCUGCCGGUGAUGCUAGCCUUCGACUUGACAGCCUACUACCCAAUCCAAAUCAAGCCCCUCUGGAUGUCGUCGCUCCGCGACUGGUACAUAUCCAAAUAUCGCGACCGCUUCUUCUACAACGCCCCAGCCUGGUUCCCCGUUCUGACCUUCCUUGAACUUGUCUACCACCUCCCUCUCACUCUCUGGGCUAUCCCUGCCUUGCUGCGUAACGAUCCACGCAUUCCUCUCGCUCUGCUAGUCUUCGGUCUAGAGACGAGCUUGACGACGUUGGUUUGCCUCGCGGAGAUGCUGAGUUGGGAGGAGUUGACGUCGGUGCAGAGGGGCGCGCAGGGGCUGGGUGGUAUGUAUGGAGGGUAUCUGGCUGCUGGUAUCUUCAUGUCGCUGGACUGCUAUGCGAGGCUUGAUCAGAUGAUUGCGAAGCAACAUCGAGGAUUGGAGCCGGUGACGAAGAAGAAGUUGUAG